GGUCCAAGGCAGUGGUGGGUGUGAGUCUUGGGGAUGGGGUGGGGGAGUGCGGUGUUUGGCAGGAAGGGGAGGCCUCUCUCCUGGCAGGAAGCUGCGCUACGGGAAGAGGGAGGAGACUGCGGCGGCGGCAGAGGCUGGUGGGAGCCAGAUGUGGCAGUGCAGCUGCCGCCAACAGUGAGGCUGAGGGCCCGUGAGCCGUGAGCCGAGUGCUGGGGACACCGCAUCAAUCCGCUUCACCUUCCUCACUGCCCUCCAACACACGCUUCCCGUCUACGGAUCCUCCCCUCUCAGCUCGUGCAAGCACUCCGCUCAUCGCCUGCUGAUCCUCUUUCACCACUGGCUCACAGCGGAGGCAGCGCUGCAAGGUGUCCCAUUUGGGCACGUGAGGGCCGCGAUCCCCGGACUUGGGGAGCCUCUUUCCACCUCCUGCAGGUAUGAAGACCCUUCACAAAAAGGCAGCUGCAGGGCAGCAAACCAGGGAAACUGUUGAUCAUCACAUCAGAUCUGCAAAUAUGAGGAAGAAAAAGACCUGUCAAAAGAAACAGAGGGGCAGACCUUCAUCCCAGCCUCGAAGGAACAUAGUGGGCUGCAGAAUUUCACAUGGAUGGAAGGAAGGUGAUGAGCCCAUCACUCAGUGGAAAGGAACCGUUCUGGAUCAGGUGCCUAUCAAUCCCUCUCUUUAUCUGGUCAAAUAUGAUGGAAUUGACUGUGUCUAUGGACUGGAACUUCACAGAGAUGAAAGGAUUUUAAAGCUUAAAAUCCUUCCUGAUAAGGUGCCAUUUUCUCGAGUCAGAGAUGUGCACCUUGCAAAUACCAUAAUUGGUAAAGCUGUGGAACAUAUGUUUGAGGGUGAGCAUGGUUCUAAGGAUGAAUGGAGGGGAAUGGUCUUAGCCCAAGCACCUAUCAUGAAAGCCUGGUUUUAUAUUACCUAUGAGAAGGAUCCUGUUUUAUACAUGUACCAGCUUCUAGAUGAUUACAGAGAAGGAGACCUCCGUAUCAUGCCAGAGUCCAGUGAGUCUCCUCCAGCAGAGAGGGAGCCAGAAGGAGUUAUAGAUGGCCUCAUAGGUAAACAUGUGGAAUAUACCAAAGAAGAUGGCUCCAAAAGGACAGGCAAGGUCAUUCACCAAGUCAAAGCCAAACCCUCUGUGUAUUUCAUCAAGUUUGAUGAUGAUUUCCAUAUCUAUGUCUAUGAUUUGGUGAAAAAGUCCUAACUGUUAGGGUAAACUUUGCCACAUUUGUGGAGGCAAAAAUAUGUUUUGGAUACACACAAAAAUGUUACUUUUCAGUGCAUUUAAACUUAAGGAUCCCUUUUAACCCAAAAUCUUAACCAGCAUAACUGUUACUUGUUCUGAAAAAUACAAUUGUAUAUGGACAUGA